CUUCUUGGGAAGAUGCAGCUGCUCCUGCUCCUGUUGGCCUUCUUUCUGACCCCAAGGACAAGGGCAGGGGAGAUCAUUGGAGGACACGAAGCCAAAGCCCACUCCCGCCCCUACAUGGCCUACCUUGAGUUCCGGUAUAAUACUUCUGUAGCGAUAUGUGGUGGCUUCCUGAUACAUGAGAAGUUUGUGCUGACAGCUGCUCACUGUCUCAACCGAUACUCAGAACAUCUAGAAACAAUUGUCCUGCUGGGAGCCCACAACAUCAAGAAACAGGAGAAGACUCAGCAGCUCAUACGUGUGAAAAGAUCCAUUCCACACCCACUGUACAAUCGUAGAAAUCGCACCAGAGACCUCAUGCUGCUAAAACUGGAGGAAAAGGCCAACUUGACUAAAGAGGUGGAGUUUAUCAAGCUGCCAAAUGACAAGUCCCAGGUAAAUCCAGGUGCCAUAUGCCUGGUGGCUGGAUGGGGACAGUUGACUCCAAAUGGGAGUAGUCCAAACACGCUGCAUGAAGUGAAGAUAGCAGUGCAAAAGGAUAAGGAGUGUGAGACCCGAUUUUCCAAAUAUGAUAGCACCACAGAGAUGUGUGUUGGAGACCCAAAGAUUAUAAAACACUCCCUUAAGGGUGACUCUGGAGGCCCCCUUGUGUGUAAUAAUAUGGCCCAGGGCAUUGUCUCCUAUGGAAAAAAAAGUGGGAGACCUCCAGGUGUCUACACCAAGCUCUCAUCCUAUGGAGACUGGAUAAAGAAAACCAUGAGACACCACUGA